CCUCUGUGUCCUCUGGUCGUGUAGGGCCUGUGUCGAAGGAGGAGCCUCUACAUAUCAUUCUCCAGCUCGUUGUGGGCACUGGCUUGGCAUUCGUUCGCUGAGAUAGGAGCCCUCCAGCCUGAAACCAGCCGUAUUUUUUUCUACAGCACUCGUCGGCGAGACGGCCCGCCUUCCGAGGGGGCACUGGUGGGGCCGCGCCUACCAUGUCAACCAUUGAACCCAAGGCUGUGCGCAGCCGAUCAAAAUCCCCGACCAGGUCUCCGCUCGCUCGGACGGCCUCCAAAACCAACCUUGUCAUCGACACGCAGGCUGGGCAUGACGCCGCGGACAAAGGAGAGCCGCUGAUAUCGCCGGCGAGGUUCAGCCCCAUCACCGCGGGGAAGCGGCUGCUCAAGCCCUCAUCCCCCCGCAAGAUCACGAUGAGACCGGUGGUAAAGGAAGAGAGCAUGCUGUCGAGGUACUUUUCCCAGAGCCUGCCGGCGAAGCUCUCGGCGGUUCUCUCUGUCGUGGCCAUCGCCGUCGCUGCAGCCCUCUUCUUCGGGGAGGGUGAUGGUCCGAAGCUGGUGAAGCGUGAUGCCCCCCUCUUCCCGGGGGAUCGAUUGAAGGGCGGACAGUACAUUUCGUUCUGCACGAGCAUCAUCGCCACCGGGUGCAAGCCCAAGUACUUCGAGCUAGGUCGCGAUGGCUCUCUCGGAGUAUACGGUGGAAAGUCGCCUUACGCACAGAAGGCCAAGCUGUGGACAGCGGGCACGGGCGCCAAGGGUGGCGGGGGGAAAGAGGCGUUUUACGAACUGGUGUACACCGGGGACAGGGUGGUGCUCAACAAGGACGGCAAGGUGAAAUGGUCAUCUUCGGUGAAGAGCUUGCCUAAGAACAUGCGGCCCUGGCCACUCGCGCAAUAA